AUGAAUUUCGCCACACAUGUGAAAACGAUAGCCGACAAGGCGGACGAACUAUCUGCGCUGUCCCAAAUACUACCUAACGUUGACGGCCCUAAAGCCAGUAAGAGAAAAUUGCUCUGCUCGUUGUCGACCAUGAAAAAGGGAAAGCUACAGAUAGCCGAUGACGCGAGUGCACUAAGGAUCAGUAGCGCCUAUGGGACGAUCUCAAACGUAGCGGCAACGGUUAGAGCAAGAAUAACACCAAUAGACAUAAAAGUUCAAGAAAGAACCGCGGUAUUUAACAAACAAAUGACAAAAACAGAAGCCAGGGAAAUAUCCAUGGAAAAAUGGCAAACAAGAUGGAACAAAGAAGUAAAUGGGACAUGGACAAAGAAGCUAAUCACAAACAUCAAACCGUGGGUCCUUCGAGGAUACGGAGAAACAAACCAUACAAGCUCUAAGGGGCCAGGGAUGUGUAACAGGUGGACCAAAUACAGGAUAUGUGCAGAAAACCAGAUGGGAAAAGAGUUACGUGUGGAGAACCUCAUUGAAACAAUGCUAGACAAUGAACAAUACUAG